AUGCAAGACUUGCAUUUACUAUAUACGAGUAGGUACGAUACUUUGGCACAGGAUACGCUCCGGCUGAAUCCCGACCAGGUGCGGUACUGGUGGCAGGUGAUCGAAGACCGCUAUUGCGAAGUGCACCGCAGGUACCAUACGCUCGAGCAUCUUGCGUUUCUCUUGCGAAAAUUAGAAGACGAAACAGCCCGUCUGAAAGGGGGGAUCUUGCUCACAUCCCAAGAUUUGCGGGACCUGCAGCUUGCGGUUUUUUUUCACGACCUGGUUUACGACCCAGCGCGGCAAGACAACGAGGAGGUUUCGGCGCGAAUAUUCGAGUCUGAUUUCUACGCCGACGUCCAGAAAGUGCAAUUUCAGAGAAACGCGCAACUGCUGGAAGACAAAUCUGUCAGGCGUGUAGCAAGGUGGAUCCGGGAGACAGCGGGACAUAAGCACGACCGAUUACUUGCAGAUAAAGACCUCGUGGGGUCACUGUUUCUCGAUCUAGACCUGUCAAUUCUGGCGCUUCCCGAUUCGGAGGGAUAUGAGCGGUACACAAAGAGUGUGGCGUUCGAAUACACCUAUUCCGUGUUGUCCCCUGAUUGCUUUACGCUAGGGCGUCUAAAUUUCCUGAGCUCGCUGCUGCCAGAGGAGCCUGAGGAAGAUCCUCACAGAGUAGAUUCUACUUCGACGGCGCCGGACCUUAAAUCAAACAAGAAAGCGUCGCUUCAACUUUUUGGCCCACUGCAUGAAGACUGGGAGUCGCUUGCGGUUGCAAAUUGCGAGUGGGAACGCGACAAACUGAAGCACGAAAUUCGCACAAUGUCCGCGCUGCGCCGAUCUCGAGCUAAGGCUGAGCUGUUUUAUGUGCAACGAGUGGCUCCGAAGAUUUCAACUAUGUUCCAGCAUCCAACAACCGAUACAGCUGCGCUGGCAAUUGUAGCCGCGGGCUCGGUUCUUGUAGCUGGCGUGUCCAUUCUUUUUCUCAUGAGAAAGACAGUUUUGAAUAAACAGCAUUGA